CGCAGAGCUGCGUUUGGCUCUUCGCUUUUGGAUACAAUUUUGACUUGACAGCUUCGUCCCGGGGCUGCGUAAAUAAGCAGUUUCCCCCGCAAGGGUGUGCAGAACCGAUGCCUUUGAAUGAGGGGACCGGUGAGUGGACAGGACGGCGACAGUGAGCGGAGGAAACGUGCAGAAAGCCGACAUGUCGUUCUUUAAGAGGAGAGGCAACAAAAGCAAAGAACCUGAGAGAGUGACAGAUGCUAAAGUCAACAGAGCUCCAGUGGGUCCUCAUUCUCCAUCACUAGCACUAAGGAACCAUAAUGCCAUCCAGGAAGCUGCAGGGCCCAGCCAUGUGGCCAUCAAUGCCAUAUCUGCCAACAUGGACUCGUUUGCCCGUGGCCGCACCGCCAUUCUCAAAAAACAGCCGAGCCACAUGGAGGCCGCGCACUUCGGAGACCUCGGUCAUUCCAGUGUGAACUAUCAGCCCGAGGAGACUCGCUCUCGCCUGUCGAAGACGGUUGACCAGGUCCUUCGGGACAGUGUGGCAAUGCCCCACUACAUGCACUUCAUGGAGCGCCGGGGCGCAGAUCACAUAGUACGGUUCUGGCUGGAGGCUGAGCGUUUCCGCUCCAGCAGCUGGUCACGUGUCCGAGCGCACAGCCUCAACUCUGUGAAGCACAGCUCGUUGGCGGAGCCUCUCCCCGUCUCUCCAGAUGGCUCGGAGCUCCCAAACAUUGCCCAGAACGCACCCGGCGCCCUCGCCCAGCACAAUACCGGCGAAGGCCAGAUGGCAGCGUCCAAGCAGCGGGAGCCUUCCAGCACAGAAGCGGGCCUGAGACCCAACAUGCCCCGAGCAGAGACCCCUAGUAGGCAGAAUCCGUCCAGAACAGGGACUCCCAGCAAGGGCCAGAUGAACAGCACUCUGAGAGAAAUCUCUGACAAACUCAUGAAAAGUAUUGAAAAGGAUGCUGUGACUAUCUUCACCAAGUACAUCUCUCCAGACGCUGUGAAACCCAUUCCCAUCACAGAACAAAUGAGAAAUGACAUAGUUGCUAAGAUAUGUGGAGAAGAUGGCAUGGUGGACCCAAACUGCUUUGUCAUUGCACAGUCGGUAGCCUUCAGCGUAAUGGAUCAACAGCACUUUAGUGAAUUCCUGCGGAGCCAUAAUUUCUGUAAAUACCAGAUUGAAGUGUUGACUAGUGGCUCUGUAUUCCUGGCUGACAUCUUAUUCUGUGAGUCGGCUCUCUUCUACUUCUCAGAGUUCAUGGAGAAGGAAGAGGCUAUGAAUGUACUGCAGUUCUGGAUAGCAGCGGACAACUUCCAGAACCAGCUGGCAGCUAAAAAGGGCCAGUAUGAUGGCCAGGAGGCUCAAAAUGAUGCCAUGAUCCUUUACGACAAGUAUUUCUCACUCCAGGCUACCAACCCUCUGGGCUUCGGUGACUCUGUGCGGAUGGAGAUAGAGUCAAAUAUCUGCAGAGAGGGGGGGCCUCUUCCGGACUGCUUUACCACUCCACUCAGACAGGCCUGGACAACCAUGGAGAAGGUCUACUUACCCGGCUUCCUGUCGAGCAACCUUUACUACAAAUACCUGAGUGACCUCAUCAAUUCAGUGCGAGCAGAUGAGUUCGUGAAUGUCAGCACUCAGAGCCAGGCCGGGCCCGCGGACCAUGACCGCGCCGGCUCAAAUGCCAGCGAGGGCUCGCAGACUCAGCAAGGUGCCAAGAAAGCAGCGAUCAAGAUCCUGAAAAACUUUGACGAGGCGAUCACAGUGGACGUUUCCAGUCUGGACCCCGAGUCCUUGUACCAGCGACCAUAUGCCGGAAAGAUGACUUUUGGGAAGGUUAAUGAAUUGGGCCAGUUUAUCAGGGAGGCAGAGCCGGAGCCGGACGUGAAGAAAUCUAAAGGUUCCAUGUUUUCUCAAGCCAUGAAGAAAUGGGUCCAGGGAAACUCUGAUGAGGCUCAGGAAGAGAUGGCAUGGCAGAUUGCAAAGAUGAUUGUCAACGAUGUUGUCCAUCAGUCAAACCAUGACAGUCCAGGCAAAGCCACUAAGUUAUGACCCCGCUGAGGAACCAAAGGACUGUCAGUCCCUGCAGACGCCGGCCAACCCAGUGAUAAACUGUACACAAGGUUCACACUGCAACAAACCGCAUUACUCCGAGAAAGAACAAGGCGUUUUAUCACCUCCACAACUGCUCUGUGUGUAUGGCUGUGAGCUUGGAUGAGUGAUUGUUCAUGCAUGGACUAAUAGAAGACGUGAAAUACGUCAUUGUUCCAAUCGUCCAACUCCAUAACACUAUAAAGGUACAUGUGUAGUCUCCAGAAGAAGUCACUCCAGUAGAUGGAAACGUUUUCUGUUUCCAGAGGAAAGUCGGUGCAGGAAAGCAGCAGCGUGCCGGAACUAGGUCUGUCUUACCUCGGAUCUGGGGAGGACGCGACAAAGACUGAAUUAAGCUCACCCCAUGAUGACACACCUCCCCACGCCUUUUAUAAUCAUUCCUUGUUUUUACAUUAAAUUUGCUCCUGAGGCCCAGCCUGUUACAGCUAGUCAGUUUGGAGCGUUGUACAGUUUUUGCAAACUUGCGCCCCUCCCUCCCCCCUACCCAAUCCACUAGGAGUGGUUUUACCAGCCAGUCUCUGAUCCAAGCAGUCCUGGCCAUGCCGUUUUAUGUACUGUAGAACAACCUGUAACGUGAAUGAAUCACAUGAAGAGCUGAUUCACUUUAUGGACUGGCUGACCCUGUUUGUGAAUAUUGAGGCACCUUCAGAGAGCAUAGAAUAAAUACUCCCAAAUGAUGUUAAAAUUUGCCAUUUGUGAUGGGAAGACUCCAAACUCUGUCUUAAAAGGUCUAUACAUAUAAUAUAUUCUGGUUUAUCCUAUAUAUAUAUAUUAGUGUUUGUCUUUUUUUAAUGGUGAUCUUAGAUUUUUUUAGCACAUUGCUGAAUUAAACAUCGGUGAUGAAUGGACUGUUAAAUUGGAAAGUGUGCUCAGUUUUUUUUUUUUUUUUUUCUUUUUUUUUUGAGCCUUACCAAGAAGAGAACCAGAACCAGAAAAAUACUUUAGGUACUAUGUACCAAUGUUUUUUUUUUUUUGACAUGUAUGUAAACUUAAUCUAUAAUCUAUUUAAAAUGUGUUUGAUUUAAAUACAGAUACUAUGAAAUGUUCUGUCUCUGCUUGUUAAUUUUUUUUUUUUUGAAUAAUUUUCUGUAUCGUAAGUGUAUUAUUGCAAUUUUAGUCCAAGGCAGGCAGGUAUAUCAACACAAUGAAAUUUAAGGUGCUAC